AUGGGUGCUCAAGACGUUCUGUCCCGGAAGUCCGGUGUCAUCGUCGGUGACGAUGUCCUGGCCCUCUUCGAGUACGCUCGCAAGAACCAGUUCGCCAUCCCCGCCAUCAACGUGACCACGUCGUCCACCGUUAUUGCCUCCCUCGAGGCCGCCCGCGACGCCAAGUCGCCCAUCAUCCUGCAGACCUCGCAAGGUGGUGCUGCCUACUUCGCCGGUAAGGGCGUUGACAACAAGGACCAGUCCGCCUCCAUCCAGGGCUCUGUUGCCGCUGCCCACUACAUCCGUGCCAUUGCCCCGGCAUACGGCAUCCCCGUCGUCCUGCACACCGACCACUGCGCCAAGAAGCUGCUGCCCUGGUUGGACGGCAUGCUCGACGCCGAUGAGAAGUACUUCAAGGAGCACGGCGAGCCCCUGUUCUCCUCCCACAUGAUCGAUCUCUCUGAGGAGCCCGUCGACUACAACGUCGAGACCACCGCCAAGUACCUGAAGCGUGCUGCUCCCAUGAAGCAGUGGCUGGAGAUGGAGAUUGGUAUCACCGGUGGUGAGGAGGAUGGUGUCAACAACGAGGACGUUGACAACAACUCCCUGUACACUCAGCCCGAGGAUAUCUGGAACAUCUACAACACCCUCUCCCCCAUCUCCCCCUUCUUCUCCAUCGCUGCCGGUUUCGGUAACGUUCACGGUGUCUACAAGCCUGGCAACGUCAAGCUGCACCCCGAGCUUCUCGGCAAGCACCAGGCCUACGUUGCUGAGCAGCUGGCCAAGAAGGGCGAGAAGGGCAUCAACGAGAAGAAGCCCGUCUUCUUCGUCUUCCACGGUGGCUCCGGCUCCGAGAAGCACGAGUACCUCGACGCCAUCAGCCACGGUGUCGUCAAGGUCAACAUGGACACUGACAUGCAGUUCGCCUACACCGAGGGUAUCCGCGACUACAUGGUUGGCAAGCACGAGUACCUCAAGACCGCUAUCGGCAACCCCGACGGUGCUGACAAGCCCAACAAGAAGUUCUUCGACCCCCGUGUCUGGGUUCGCGAGGGUGAGAAGACCAUGUCCAAGCGUGUUGCUAUUGCCCUCAAGGACUUCAACACUGCUGGCACUUUGUAA